AUGACUGAGAACAAAAGCUCAUUUCACUCGGCUCUCGUGGUGUCUAACAUCUGCAAUCAUAUUUCCAUCACUCUAGAAAUGGAGAAUGUUCAAUAUUCGACAUGGGUCGAGCUUAUUAAAAUUAUUACUCGUUCUCACAAGGUCCUUCACCAUAUUAUUCCUCCCGAAAAGCCGACGGUCCUGACUUCUGAGGAUGAAAAGGAAUUAUGGUCGACUCUUGAUGAUACAAUUCUUUCUUGGAUUUAUGCUACGAUCUCUAAUGAUCUCUUGCACACCAUAAUUGAGCCUGAUACUACGAUCAUGGACGCUUGGAAUAGACUCCGGGACAUCUUCCAAGAUAACAAGAAUUCCCAUGUGGUAACGCUUGAAGCGGAGUUCUCCAAUACAAAAAUGGAGAAUUUUCCUAAUGUCUCAACUUAUGUCAGCGUCUAA